CCCCCCCCCCCGGAGGUUGAGGGGUCAAUCAUGGCCACCCGGCGUUUAACCGACGCUUUCUUGUUGUUGCGGAACAACUCCAUCCAAAACCGGCAGCUGUUAGCCGAGCAAGUGAGUAGUUACACCUCCUCCUCCUCCACCUGCAGCCCUCUGCAUUCACGUAGCCUUGCUGCGGAGCUGGAUGAGCUUGCUGAUGACCGCAUGGCACUGGUAUCAGGCAUCAGUUUAGAUCCAGAAGCAGCAAUUGGUGUAACAAAACGGUUACCUCCCAAAUGGGUUGAUGGAGUGGAUGAAAUACAGUAUGAUGUUGGCCGAAUUAAGCAGAAGAUGAAAGAAUUAGCUAGUCUUCAUGAUAAGCAUUUAAACAGACCUACCUUGGAUGAUAGCACUGAGGAAGAACAUGCUAUUGAAAUAACAACCCAAGAAAUCACACAGCUGUUUCACAGGUGUCAGAGAGCAGUGCAGGCUCUGCAGUGUAGAGCACGAAAUUGUACAGAACAGGAAGAACGAGUUCUCCGAAAUGUAGUGUCCUCUCUAGCACAGUCUCUUCAGGAGUUGUCCACCAAUUUUCGACAUGCACAGUCAGGCUAUCUCAAACGCAUGAAGAAUCGAGAGGAAAGAUCACAGCACUUUUUUGAUACAUCAGUACCGCUUAUGGAUGAUGGAGAAGACAAUACUCUUUAUGAUAGGGGUUUUACGGAUGACCAGUUAGUAUUGGUGGAACAAAAUACACUAAUGGUUGAAGAGAGGGAGCGUGAAAUUCGCCAGAUUGUGCAGUCUAUUUCUGACCUAAAUGAAAUUUUUAGGGACUUAGGAGCAAUGAUAGUGGAACAGGGUACAGUUCUUGAUAGAAUUGACUAUAAUGUUGAACAGUCCUGUAUCAAAACUGAAGAUGGUUUGAAACAACUUCACAAGGCAGAGCAAUAUCAAAAGAAGAAUCGGAAGAUGCUUGUUAUUUUAAUUUUGUUUGUAAUUGUUAUUGUCCUUCUUGUUGUACUAGUUGGUGUCAAGUCUCAUUAGGUAACUUUUCUGAUUUUCUCACUUCAUGUUUGCGUGUUAAGUGGAUUCUCUCCCCCCACCCCGGCGUCCUCCUCCAAAUGUGAAUGAAUGGAUCUGAUCUCCUGAAAAUUGCCUUUGAAUGUACUGUACAAUCCCCAGUGGUACAAGUCUGUGCAAUGUUUCAGUAGAAUCUUUUCCCCAAAUCAUGUUCCAGUGAUAGAUUUACUUUUUCAUUUUUUGGCUUCAAUAUAAAAAAUUUCAAGACAUUUGAUAAUGCCACUGACUAGCAACUUGAGUCCUAUAUCUAAAAGUUUCAGUAUUUUUUUUAAAGGCAGAAAAAUGAGGAGAUGAAAAUUUUAUAGGCACAUGCAGAAAUUAUUUUAUAUAUAUAUCUAUAUAUAUAUAUAUAUGCUUUUCAGAAGUCUGUUGUCUGAGUAGCAUGUUGCAGAUGUCUUUCUAGGUUGUUUUUUUUAAACCCUGUGGGUUUAAGGAAUUUGGUACCAAAAAGUAUAAUUGGAGGUCAAAUGCCUUAAAUGGUACACUUCAAAUUGUUUGUCUUCACCUAAUUUUCUUUUGAUUAUAUGCCAUAUUAGAUUGUGUGAAAAGAAGCCCUUUUAAGUUGAAUUCAUUGUACAUUCCCAUUGAGUAAUGUUUUUAUUGCUGCUAAUGAGCAGAGUUAAAGUAUGGAUAAUAAGCAAUGAUCAUUGGUGUUAUUUAACUCAUUGUUUCAACCAUUGAAAACCGCUUCCUAAAUUUAAUUGGAGUUGUAAGCAUUUUCCUCAUCUAGGGGUCAUGUGCUUCGUUUUCUAUGGUAAACCAUAAGGUAUCAUUAAAAUAUUCUACAAAGAAAUUCUCCAGUCCUUUAGAGUCCUCGAUAUCUGAGCAUUAUAUGUGCUUUUGCUACUAAGACCAAGCCCCUUUUAAUGGAUCGAGCUUUCCAUGGAACAAGUUUUAAAUGGGUCAUCCUGUUUAAUGGUGGAGUACAAGUGAAGCACAGACCAUUUAUUUACAAGACAUCUAUAAGUUACUCCUCAGUUGUGUGAUUUAUUUCCCUUCUCUCCCCUGUAUCCCCUGAGGAAGAUUAUGGCCAAGAGCCUCAGAGUAAGAGAGGCAAGUUUGAGUGCUGCAAUACCUUUGAAUAGGAAUUCCCCUGGUAAUGAGGGCAAGAAUCAAAUCUCCAGAACGAGAUUGCCAGUUUUCUGUAGUUCUGCUGCAACAGAAGAUGCUGGUGAAUCUUCUGAGUACUCCAAAACAAGGGGUAGGUCAGAAUAACUUUAAAGAAUGAAUCUGUUCACAAUUCCCUUGGUCCUGAAGUUGUGCAAUUUUGAGCAGUCAUGUCAUACAUUUUCAUUUCACUUCCUUUAUCACGUUUAAAGGUUUCCAACUUCAGUAGAUGUUUUUAUUUGAACUUUAGCAUGGAAUAAUCUCUUUAGAAUUAACAUUGAAGAUGUUCCCAGAAAUUGAAAUUGGGUCUGUAUUGGAAUAAUAUUGCAUUGCAUUAACAUGGAUCAUUUUCUUCACAUCCAAAUGCCCUUCUUCAUAUUUCUCCUGACUUGUUUUCACCACUAAACGGUCGUUGAUUUCCUUUAGAACCAGAGGUGAAAGUAGAGCGUGACUUUUGCAGGAAUGGUCAAGCGCUAUAGGUAGCCAACUGCAGCCCGCUGCCUUUGAAGGGGUUGGCGGCCCUUUUUUUCCAUUUGACCCUGGAUCAAGAUCCCUCCCUGAAGGAGAGGGGGAAAAAAAGCAUCAUCUGUGAAAUAAUUCAAAUUCCAACCAAAACAGGUGACUCAAAACUUAUUAUUUUACUGGUGCUUCAUUCCAGAUGGUCCAGCUUUACUUCCACACCCCAGUUUUUAGAACCACUGAGUUUCUAGGUGAAGCUAAAGCAAACUGGAAGAAUGUGAACUUUUGUGUGCCUUCUACUGUAAUUUCCUCAUUGCCAGGUCUUAAAUUGAGGAAUACUUUCAGAAAGAAAAUUUGUCCUCUGAUACUCAGGGCACUGCCAGACUAGCCAAGCAACUUUCAUCCUUUUUGGGUCCCCAAUUGUCAAAAAUUGCAUUCAGAAUGACCAUACUUUAGAGACUCUGAUCCUCUGUAGAGCCAGUAAAGAUGAGAAAACUUUCUAAAAGCCCUGCUGCACUUUGUGGCAGACCUGGGAACACUUUCUAUUGGUUACCUAUAUGGCCAAAUCACACUAAUAUUCGAAGGAACUGUCCCUUUGAAAAAUAAAACCUCUGCAUUAUUUUAUGUUUUACAAUUAAUCUUUCACCACGUGAAUAUAGUAGGUAAUUAUUUUAUGAGCUUGACCUAUUUUUUGCUUUUCAAAACACCGUAUGUACAACUGGAAAUGACCGUUUUCCUCUGACUUUGAGAUUAAUCCGUCGUUCAAUCAUUUGAAAAUAAGGGGAUGGUGGAAUUGAGGGACUCUAUUCCCUGAAAUGUCAGCUGCUGUAGUGGAAUGUCUCCACAACGUGGCCCUAUAUCGACGAAAGACCCUCAGAAUUGCACUGUUCCUUGAAUUAGAGUUUUUCAUGAGUCUGUUUUUGUAUUGUUGAGCUUGAACUUGGGAAAAGAUCAGUUGUUCUUUGGAAAGUGAGACAGAAGCUGUUCCUGUUCUCAUCCUAAUCCUCAGAGCAUUUCCUACAUGAAAAAUGCAAAUAAAGAUUCUAGUGUCUGUGAUGUACUUGGGCAGUAAUUUGGUACCCAAAAGAUGUAUCUUACCUCUCGGAGAGGGAAGUGAGACUUGAUGGUCCAAUGACCCAGGGGUCACUUAUUCUUCUACCAUCUGUAUUAUGCCUGCCCGCCAGAGGAAUGCUUCCAUUGAGCAUUCAUUUGAUGUAGGGGGAUAUGUUUCUUCUGCUGUUGGUCCUGAAUUGCCUAGAAGCAUCUUAGUCAUUUGAUCAGCACUAAAUUAAGGUAAGACCUGAAUGAUAUGUGUAACAGCUGUCUCUCCGAUGUUGAUACUGAUCUUUUUCCAUGGUUAUGAUUGAAAAAUCUCUUUUGUGGUGUUGCUGGCUACACCAUACAGUGUGAAGCAGUAUUUUGCUCCAAUAUAACAUAUUUACAACUUUCUCUAAAUUGAGAGAAUGCUAUUUAUUUGUCUUGACAAAGAACUUUUGAUGUUUUAUCCUAGCUGAUGACUUCUAAAAAGUAAUAAAGCCCUUCCAACAUAAUUGAUUAGCUAUGACUUUUUCUCUCUUGCAAAAAUUAAUUAGGGAAGCAUUUAGAUUGUGAAGAUUUUUGUACAGUAUUUUUCUGAAUUGGUUUUAUUUGGAAGAGAUUUUCCACAAUAAAGAAAUUUCCAGAAUGUAGAA